AUCUUUAAUGGUGCUAAUAAAACUUUGAUGGAAUUAAGACAAACUGUUGCGUCAAAAGAUUCAGAGAUUGAAGAGCUUAAAGCAACUAUAGAAAGUAUGAAAGAGAAAUAUGAGGAAGCAAAGAAUAUUGUAGACGAAAGCAAAAAUACAUUAUCCGACCUUCUAGCAGAUAUGGAAGAACGUACAUCUAAUGUGUCUGAUAAAGAUAAGGAUAAUACAUUUAAAUUACAACAUAUGGCUGAAAUGUUGAAUGAAAGUGAGGCACAAGUUCAAAAGUUAUUAGAUCAAGAGAAGAUAUUGAAAGAAGAGAUUCGUAAAUUAGAUAGAUUAGAGAAACGGCAAAAUUUGAGUGUAGAAUAUUUAAAAAAUGUUGUUCUCAAGUUUUUUGAGACAGAACCAUCCGGCCGUGAGCCUUUGGUUCCCGUAAUAUCAACAAUAUUACAAUUAAGUCCAGAGGAAACAAAAAGUUUAAAAGAAAAUGCUAUUGAUGCGACAAAUUCCAAUCAAGUUGUGAUAGGGUUUGGAGUCUUAUAGGUAAAUAUUUUUGUUUAAUGAUUUUUUUGCUUGUUUGUUUCAGAUUAAAUGUUACAGUGCAGUAGUUUGAUGGAGUAAUUUGGUGGGAUAGUAUUGUAAUUUAUUUUUUUUAUUUUAUUUUAUUUAUUUAUUUAAAUGAAUAAUUAAUUUUGUUUU